GAUGCCACCUUCCUCACGUGAUCUAAACAGAGCUGGCUGACCUUCUCAAGAUGGCUGCCCUCUAUCCUCGCUAAGUGGCUCGUCGCCCGUUCUGUUCCCUCUUGACUUGUCCGCUGCUUUUGGUUUCGGUUCGCCCCUGAAAUGAGUAAGUGGAUGUAAUCAGGGUAACCCAGGCCAUGGAUCAUGCGGUGGAAGAUGCUGGAGGGACGGCAACCCUAUUUGAGCUUUGUGCCAGGGUAGUGAAUGCCAACAUGGAGAAACUGGAACAUGACGUGUGGGGGCUGCCAGCUGUUGUCCUGCAAGGAAUUCUGCCACUAUUAAACAUUUAUUAUCUUGAGAGAAUAGAACAGACUGCUGUUAAAAAAGGUCUUUCUACUCAGUCUAUCUGGUGCAAGCUGUGGAAUGACGUUAUGAAAAGCAAGCCUUCUAGGUUUGGGACUGUUACAUGUUGGAGGAAGAAAUUUCUAGAAGCUUUUUUUCACAAUGUCCUUCGGGGGAUUUUGAAUGUUUCUUCUGAUGAGCGUUUAAAUGACCAGCGGUUUUCUCCUCUAGUGCACAGUGCACGGCAUGUUUCUGAGCUUACCAUUUGCAAUAAGCAACAAGGUAUAUCGGAGCUUACACCGGCGGUGCUAGAAUGUCUUGCAAGGUCUGUCGAAUCUCUAAAGUUCCUCCACCUACGCUCUUCUGACCAAGCCACACAAAGGUCCCUGAGGUUGCUUCUCCACCGUCUCAUACAUCAUGGCCAGGUGAACAGGGUUUCUCUACUAUCCUGGCCUUCACCUGACUCGAAUAUUUUGCUUUUGAUACUUAGUAUAAGUGCAGGAUUAUGGCAGAAGAAUACAAGCUUUCCCUGUCCAUUUUGCAUAAAAAAAACACUAAAUGAUAACAGUGAUGUGCUCCAGGUAAAAAGACCAGAGACAGGCCUUCUGCAGUCCUCUAGCUCUACAGAUUUCUCAUAUAUGCAUUCUAAGCACAAUGUUGAAGAGGACACAGGCAGCCAAAGUGCCUUGCUAAGCCUGCAGCCUUUGAAUAUUAGUCACAGUGUUGUCACCGGCUGUUCUGAUCGCAGCAGUGCUGAAACCCCACCACGUCGAGUAUCUAGGAGCACCCACUCCAGUAAAGCAACAUGUCAUAAAUCAUUGCUGCCUCCCAAUACUUUUGGCAGUAAAGUAGCAUCUACCUCAAGAAAAAAUCUCAAAUCAGGCGCAGAUAUUCAGGACGGCAUUCGAUCAGAGCCAGAUGACUUGUAUGAUUUCAUUUUCAGUGUUCCCAGCACGGGAGAGGGAGAAGUUUUGAACAUGAACAAAGGAUAUAAAGAAAGUGCCAAGGAGCCUUCAGAAGUGUCUACAGUGCACUUAUUUGAUGACUUGCCUCCUGUGGAGGAAAGAAGCAUUUUUAGUCAGAUUCCAGAUGGUGCCCAUCGUUUUCGAAGUGUGAGAGCUCUUAAUUUGCACAAUGUUCCCCUCACACUAAGCUCUUGCCGCUUUCUGUGUCAUCUUCUCCGCUCUUGGGUGUCAUUGGAAAGGUUGACCAUGGCAUACAAUGAUUUAGGUGCCAACAUCUUCCUUAUUGUGGAAGCCCUCUCUGCACUUUCCCAAUGUCCAGGUUGCUCUCUUAGUAUGUUCUCCAUUAGCGAUUUUACAACAUAUGUCCCCACUUUGGACUUGGCCAACACUAUCCUGACCACAUUUCCUUCACUUCAGCUUUUGUCUCUCAAUUAUGAUCUGGAGAACCACAAUGAGAAGGAGACACCGAAAGACAUUCCAGCAGAAUUCAAAGAAAACCAAUUAAAACAAUUAGAAAUCAGGUUCCCACAGGAUCCUUUGCCAGCGGGGCCAUUAAUUUCUGUGCUGAAAGCAUCUACAUUCCUCUUGGAGCUUUCCCUGGACAAUGCUACCUUUAGUUGCUCAGAAGAUCUGAAGUGUGUGCUUCGUACACUUGCAGAACAUAACAGAGCCCUCAGGAGGCUGAGCUUUCAUGACAUGAAGAUGACAGAUAUGCACAGUGAAAUUGUGCUCUUAUUGAACUCUUCUAGCCUAGAAGAAAUCAAAAUUUCAUUUUGCCGACUCUUUGAAAGAGGCACAGACGAGUUCCUGGCUGCAUUUGUUGGUGCCCUGAGAAGAAACCCAUCUGUAAAAAUCCUGAAGCUGUGUGGGAACCGACUGGGUAAUGAUGGACUGGCUGCACUGGCAGAUCUGUAUAACCCAGAUUCAUUGUCUUCUGUUCACUACCUGGAUGUCAGCUCCAACUGCAUCAAGCCGGAAGGACUGCUACAUUUCGCAAAAAAGUUGGAGCAAUGUGGGAAAAUCAAGUUGAGGCACCUCUCGGUUUCCCAAAACUUGCUAGACAGAGACCCAGUCAUGGCCCAAGAAGCCCUGCAAUCCCUGGAAGGAGUUUGUUGUGUAGUCAGUGACAACUGGGAAUCGGCUCAAGCUUUCGCUGACCAUGUCAGUGUCAUGUAAGGUGCCACUGCGUUUGUGUUAUUGUAUAGACUGCAUGCUGUAUAUGCAAGGCUGUGUCCUGGGUUGAUGGGAGCAAUCAGCUACUGUAUUUUGCAAUCAAAGCUCAUCUGUGCCUCACCCUUGUGCAUGUUUCUAUACACUGGGCUUGGCUAAUGCUUUUCUCAGCCCCACUGGUCUGUGGGGACCUGAAUGCAUGCACUGUGUGUUGUCCUAUGGAAGAAUAAACAUGGCCACCAGUGUUUGCACAAAGCGCACAUUUUUCAUUGUUACAAGUGCAUUUUAUUU